GACACUAGAGAGAAUGCAAGUCUCAGGCACUUUAACGUUGGCUUUACUUUUCAGACCCAGAGUUUGCUGCCUGGUUAGGGUCGGGUUGAAAGAGAGGUGGUUUAGGGUUAUUGGGGUUAAGUAUUUAGUUGUAAUGGUCAGAAGGGUCAGGGUCAGGGAAUGUAUUAUGACAACGAGGGUCUUCCCGAGUAUACAAAGACAAAAGUGUAUGUGUUUGUGUGUGCAGGUUAUAGUCCAGAGGUCUCUGUCUGCCAAGUCUUUGUCUCAUGCUAAAGGUGGCAGUGUGCUUGGAGGCUACCUCAAACUGCUGCCCAUGUUCUUCAUUGUCAUGCCGGGCAUGAUCAGCCGAUCACUGUUCCCAGAUACGGUAGGUUGUGUGGAUCCAGCAGUGUGUCAGAGUGUGUGUGGAACUUCAGUUGGCUGCUCCAACAUCGCCUACCCUAAACUAGUGGUGGAGCUAAUGCCUGUGGGUCUGCGUGGUCUGAUGCUAGCAGUGAUGCUAGCUGCUCUGAUGUCAUCUCUGACCUCCAUCUUUAACAGCAGCUCCACUCUGUUCACACUGGACCUCUACCACAGAGCCAGGCCUGGAGCCUCAGAGAGGGAGCUCAUGAUAGUUGGAAGGGUGUUCAUCCUGGUCUUGGUGUGUGUUAGUCUGUUGUGGAUUCCGGUCAUCCAAACAGCCAACAGUGGACGGCUGUUUGAUUAUAUCCAAUCAGUGACCAGCUUUCUAGCUCCGCCCAUCACUGCUGUAUUCCUAAUGGCUGUCUUCUGGCCACGUGCCAACGAGCAGGUAGGUCUCACUCACACACACACAUGAAUUUAAGGAGCCAAAUUUACUUUUUAGUAAAUGUACUUUUAUUUAGGAAGACGCACCCUGUACAUGUAAAGGCAGAUUUUGUUAAGAGCAGUGAGCGAGGACCCAAACACAGGCAGAGACACAGGGGAGGAGGUUUUAAAGAGAAUGGGAUUUAUAGCUGGGGUUGAAGAUGGAGAAGGGGACAUGAUGAGGAAUGGCGAGCGUGG